AUGCAGCACUACCACGUGCUUGAGCGCAUCGGCGAAGGCUCGUUCGGCAAGGUCUACCGCGGGCGGCGCAAGUACUCAGGCCACAUCGUCGCGCUCAAGUUCGUCUCCAAGCGCGGCAAGAGCGAGAAGGACCUCAAGAACCUACGCCAAGAGAUUCACAUUUUGCGGCAGCUCAACCACGCCAACAUCAUCUCGAUGCUCGACUCGUUUGAGACCGAGGCCGAGUUUUGCAUGGUGACCGAGUACGGCCAGGGCGAACUGUACCAGAUCCUCGAGGACGACCGGCAGCUGCCCGAAGACGAGAUCAAGAAGAUCGCGGUCCAGCUCCUCCAAGCGCUCUACUACCUCCACACGAACCGCAUCAUCCACCGCGACAUGAAGCCGCAGAAUAUCCUCGUGGGCACGAAGCAGCAGAUCAAGCUCUGCGACUUUGGCUUUGCCCGCGCCAUCUCGGCCGACACGAGCGUGCUCACGUCCAUCAAGGGCACGCCGUUGUACAUGGCGCCCGAGCUCGUCAAGGAGAUGCCGUACAACCACACGGUCGACCUCUGGUCGCUCGGCGUCAUCUUGUACGAGCUCGCGGUCGGCCGCCCGCCGUUCUACACGGAUAAGAUUGUGACGCUCAUCCAGCUCAUUGUCAAGGAGAGCGUCACGUACCCGCCGACGAUGAGCGACGACUUCAGAGACUUUUUGACCGGCUUGCUCCAGAAAGACCCAGCCAAGCGCCUGAGCUGGCCCGAGAUCCUCGCCCACCCGUUCGCGUGCGAGACCAUCCAGCAGACGACGGCGCGCCAGGCCCUCGAAGCCCAGGUGCGCCGACUGCCCAAGUUCUUUGACGACGGCGCGCCGCCGGUGCACAAGAGCGCCGAGUGGCGACCCGUCGACCCCGAGACGGGCCAGUUGCAGCCAGUGGCGGUCGUCAACGAAACAACGGCGCGGGUCGCGCCACCGCCCAUCGCGCGCUGGUCCCAGCACGAAGCCGCGUUGGCGUCGGCCGGUUCCUACGAGGCGUUUGUCGCGGCGACGCCGGCGCUCGCCGCCGAUGUCACACUGACAUGCACGGCCAACGAUGCGCCCGACGAUGAGAUUCGGUGUAUGCUGUACGUGCUGCACCGCGUCAUGUACCACGCCUCCAAGAGCAGCAAGAACGACGCGUCGCCGUCCCUCGCCGCGCUGCGACGCGCGCUCGUCACGCACGCACCGCAGCUCGUCCUGCGGACCUCGCCCGACGUGGCGCUGCAGUUGGUGCGGACGCUUAUGGUGCCGGGCCACAUCGAGAAUGUCGCCGCCGAGCUGAGCGCGAUGCACGCCGUCCUAUCGGAUCCAAACUUGAGCGGCUUGCACACCAAGGCGCUUAAGUGGCUCGGGUGUCUUCUUGCCGACCAUGACACCGUCGCAGGCGUUUACGCAGCGCUUCUCUCGACCCAUACGCCGCUAUUGCAGUGCAUCUGCUCGUGUCUUGAGAUUGGCGAUGACGUGAGCGUCUACGCGCUCGCCGCGCUCGUCCACCCGACCGCGGGGCACGAAGCGGUGGCGUCGACGCCCUUUCCUGUCGUCGCACGCUGCCCCCGCGCCGCCAUGGACGCCCUGCACGCUGCGUACCAGACCCGCAUCCACACCCACACGCUGGUCGCGAACGCACUGCUGCAACACGGCCUCGACCGUCUUCUCGACGUCCUCGUGCAGCACGCAGACGAUGCACAUGGCGAAGCGGACGACGACGACGACGAGCAAGACGACCAGACAAUGGUCGCCAGUGUGCUCAAGAUCCUCGGGCACUGCGCGCGGGCGUCGGCGCCGUUUUCGAAAAAGCUCCUCCACGACCAUAGCGCAACGUUGCUGCGCGUGCUCCUGGCGCCAUGCGCUCACUGGAAUGCGUACGAGCGGUACUUUGGCCUCGAGCUCUUGGCGGUCGCCCAGCGCCGGGGCCUUGUGUUUUCCAUGGCGACGAUCGUCGCCAACCAUUUGAGCGACGGUGUGCACGCGGGUGUCGGCGCCGCGCUUUGCACGCUCCUCGGUGAUCACAUUGUGACGCCGGCGCGGACGCCGAUCGUCGACGCGACGACGCUGCCGCACCUCGUCUCGCUGUUGCAGCGCCCGCCGUCCCCAGUCUUUCUUCUGGCGGUGGCAUGCUUUGGGCUCCGCGCCAACGGCGCUCUCGAUAGCGUCGUCAUCGUGCUGUACCGCGCCAUGUCGCGCCUCGUCGACGACCGCGACGUGGCCGGCCUCGAGCAUUUCCUCCUCUUGCUCGACGAGUGCAACAUGUGGCCGCGCCUCAUUGCCCUCCUGCAAAACGACGCGCUCUCGCCGUGGGGUCUCUUUUGCCUGCUCAAGUGGCUGCGCGGGCUCACGGAGCAGCUUUUGAACGUCGGUGGGUGCCUCCUUCACCGGCAUCUAACGCGGCAGGCAAGCCUGCUCCCGCAGCUCAUCCGCCUCUUGGACGCGCCGACGCACAUUGCAGCGCUCGCCGACUGGCCGGACGUGCUCGGCGGUGGCCCCCAAGCGGUCAAGGCGCUCGUCCAUGCGGUCGUCAAGAUCCUCGGCCUCCCGUUCACGUGCGCGGCAGCGUCGGAGGAGUUUUUGUUUCAGACGCAAGAGGUCGUGUACGCCUGCGACGUGCUCUCGGCGCUGCUCCGCGUUAUGGACGCCCACGACCUCGAGAUGGACUUGCCACUGAGCUUCCUCGCGCGCCUCGUGUCGAGCUCGCCCCACUUUAGCCUCCAGCUCGCCUCUGCCCACGGGCUUGAGACGCUCCAAGCCAAACGGUUGCUCACGUCGUCAACACCCGCGAUCGUCCUCGACACGCUCGUGCUUUUGACGCACGUCGCCCGCGCAUCCAAGGCGCACUACGCGGCCUUUGCGACCGCACCGCAUUUGCUCGAGGACCUGCAACGUCUUCUCCUCGAGUCGGUCGACGCCGGCGUGCGCGCCAAAGCCUGCAACUGCAUCGGCAACCUCUGCCGGCACUCGGGCGCGCUGUACGAGCCAUUGGCGUCCGCCGGUGUCCUUGCCGCGCUCGUCGCGUGCGCGUCAUCGACCGACGUGGCCGUGCGCCGGUACGCUUGCUUUGCGCUCGGCAACGCCGCCUUCCACAGCGACGUUCUCUCGAGUGUGCUCCAAGCAGCAGUGCCGCCGCUCGUGCUCGCCUUACGCAGCGCCGAUGCCAAGACGCGCGCCAACGCCGGCGCGGCGCUCGGCAAUCUCGUGCGGCAGUCGGCCACGUGCGUACCAAGCCUUCUGGCUGCGUCCGCGCCUGUCGCGCUCUACGACAGCGCAGUCGACGAGCUCGAUGUGCCCACCGCGCGCAUCCUCCUCUUCUCGCUCGGCAACCUCUGCGAGUACGCGCCAUGUCGCGGCGCCUUGGCGGCGGCCGAUGCGCUCUUUGUGCAGACGCUCCGCCACGUCAGCGACGAGAGCCCCGACGACGUCGUCCAGCGCAACGUCCAGCGCGUCCUCUCCAAGUGGCCGUCGCAAUGA